AGCGUUACUCCAUUUUAGUUUUGCUAAUGUUUUGGUAGGCGUCAGUCAGUGUGGUGUUCGCGGAAUAGGCUGGUAAAUAAAUCAUGGGGAGAAAAAAGAAGAAGCAGAUGAAGCCCUGGUGUUGGUACUGCAACAGGGAUUUUGAUGAUGAAAAGAUUCUCGUUCAGCAUCAGAAGGCCAAGCACUUUAAGUGUCAUAUAUGUCACAAGAAGUUAUAUACUGGUCCUGGUCUGGCCAUCCACUGUAUGCAGGUUCACAAAGAAACCAUUGAUGGUGUCCCUAAUGCAAUACCGGGAAGGAUUGACAUAGAGCUGGAGAUUUAUGGAAUGGAGGGUAUUCCAGAGAAAGACAUGGAGGAGAGGAGACGUGUGCUUGAACAAAAAACACAGGAAAAUCAGAAGAAAAAACAGCAAGAUGACUCUGAUGAAGAUGACUCAGAUGAAGAGGCUGGUACCUCCUUCCAGCAACCAGCAACAACCGUACAGCCUCAGGCAGCCUAUGCCCCUAUGACCCAGCCAGGAAUGGCCACUGUCCCAGCACCAGGGAUGCCACCUGGAAGCUACUCAGGAAUGCCCCCAAUGAUGCCUGGUGUCCCCCCGAUGAUGCCAGGGAUGCCUCCUGUCAUGCACGGGAUGCCUCCAGGCAUGAUGCCAAUGAGUAGGAUGAUGCCACCUACACAUGGAAUGCCCCCAAUGAUGCCAGGCAUGCCACCAGGAAUACCUCCUCCCAUGGGUCAUCACCCUGGCAUACCCCACAUGGCUCAGGCCCCUCCUACCAUUCGGCCGGCUGUGCCUGCCACAACAGUGCCCACGUCACAGCCGAGUGUCUCCAAACCACUGUUUCCCAGUGCAGGACAGAUGGGGACUCGAGCUCCAAGCACAAGCUCAGGCUCCUCCAGUCUGGACAGUUUGUCAGCAUCCUCUAAACCGCUGUCCCAAGUCCAGCAGGCUGGUUCUGGUGUAGCGGUGAGCUCCUCUGCACCACCUUCUGCUGCUCCCAAACCAACAUUCCCAGCUUACACCCAGUCCUCCGCCACUGCUGCGGCCAACACGAGCAGCACUGUGGCCAAACCUGGCACUACAGUCACAAGUAAGCCUGCCACCCUCACCACCACCAGUGCAACCAGUAAGUUGAUCCACCCUGAUGAAGAUAUAUCACUGGAGGAGUUGCGAGCACAGCUGCCUUGCUACCAGUGUAAAGUCCCUAGUGCAGGACAGGCCCACGUGACUUCCCCACCAGUUGCACCGAUGGGGGGGGUGUUGCCCCCUCUGCAGGGCAUUCCUGCACAGCAGCCGGGUGUUAGGCAUCCCAUGCAAGGGCCAUUCGGUGCUCCGCUGCAGGGAGUGCCUGGGUACGUCCCAGGAGGAAUGCCUCCUUACGGACAAGCCCCACCCAUGGUCCCUCCCUACCAGGGAGCCCCUCGGCCCGCCAUUGGCAUGAGACCUCCUGUAAUGUCUCCUGGAGGCCGAUAUUGAAGCGUCACCACCGGUCUUCAUUAGGUUUGGUGAUUCAACCAUUUUGCCAUCUAGUGGCGUGCUUUACAAGCCAGAUCAGUAACCGUAACCCUUCUUGCAAUGAGGAGAUGGAGUAAUCAAACUGUGUAACGCAUGGGACAUUUGAUUUUACCAAGUCUAUUAUUUGGACCUACCCUUUGUUGCAGAUCAUUCAGUCUGGCUUUUUUCUCAUGUUUUGUUUAGGUUUUUAGAAGUGAAGUGUAGUAAAUAUGGUUCGUAUUAAUUUGAAGCGGCUGGAGUUUCGUACAGCACCUUUAACAAGGCAAGUCACUGUAAAUAUACUACUACUGUACUAAAAGUGUGAAGCCUUCGCAGCACCCAUAGGUGCUGUUGGACGUCCCGUCCCCAGCGUUGCUUGGUGAGGGCUUCAGAUAGUUGUCACUGUUGGGUUUAUUUUUCUAUGUCUGCUUGUCUACAUUUACAGUGUUCUCUCUGUAGGGCCAAUAAUAUAAGACUCCUGUGAAUGCUAUCUGUACUGUUCCUCUGUUAAUUGUAAUAAAUUAUUGAAAUCUAACGGCUGUUUUUUUCAUUAGCAAGUAAAGGACAACCUCACAAGGUUUGUACUACAAAUGCUCAACGUGAUGGCUGUUGUUUAUUUGUAUGAAAGCUGUGUGAUUGCAGUGUGCUGAGACGUGUUUGUGGGUGAGAGGGAAACUGAAGCAUUUGCAUCCACGUUUGAUGGUCCUUUCAUAUUAAAGUUUGGAUUUAAAGGGGUCAAAUCAUGAGGAAUCAAGUUUUCCUUGAUCUUUUGAGAUAAAUGAGUUUAGCACCAUGUCAACUUGAUGUAACUGUUGCAGCACAAAACAUCCUCCUCAGUCCAAAAAGACCAUCAUCAUAACAUCUCACAGCUUCUGACGUCAGUGAACAACAGACAAACUAACAAUAUAAGAGUUUGUGCUGCAACAGAAAGUGACACGGUGAUAAAUGAUCAUGGAAUAAACAAAGUAUGACUAUUUUUGAUGGGAGAAAAAAUAACGUAGUGGACAUGUAUAAGACCCCUUUAAAUUUUCAGCUUCUUAUGCAAGGACAUAUGGCUGCUAGAAAAAGAAAAACAACCAUUCAGAUAGCAGUUUCCUGAAAAUCACAGUCUUGAGAGACUGAAAUAACCUGAGAAUCAUUUCUGUCCAGGCUAAGGCUCAUUACUUGUGGUUUUCAGGAAGAGGCAGGUAAGAAGGUGACUGUAGUUCACUGUGGUUGUUGUCCUAAACUGAGGAUUUCUCUUCUCCUUGUAGCAAUGCCAUGGGACUGGCUGAGGCAGAGUCUCAGUGUUGCCCUGCACAGGCUGAGGCAAGUCUCACAUUUUCUCUCUUUCCUCUCUGUAUUCAGGGGGCCUCACAGCCGUUUGGCUGUUGGAUACAAAUGUCCCCAAACUUAGAGCAAGUUUGGUGAUGGCCCCCGGGUUUAUUAAUAUCAGCAGAGUUCUCUUAACUAACUCGUAGUUUUAGCUAACAUGUUAAAAAUAGAUACACGUGCUUCAAAAGUUUGAGGUCAGUAAGGUUUGUAUGUUGCAAAGAUGCAUUGAAUUGAUCAAAAGUUACCAUAAAUACAGUUGUUACUAGAUUUCUAUAUCAAAUAAAUGCUGUUUUUUUAAAUUAUUUUUUUUACCACCUGUUCAAGGAAUCCUGGGGGGGAAAAAGUCUGUGUUUUCACAAAGUUAUUAAGCAGCACAACUGUUUUCAAUAUUC